CAACAACAGCCACAGAAACGACAGAAACAUUUAUCUAUGCCAUCAUUAUACAAAAAUAAUAAUAGCAAAUUAAUCAAUCAUGAUUUUGCGGCUGAUCAUUCACAUCAUAAUCAUCACAGAUCAAGCUUAGAUGGCUCGUCUUUUGCCACAAGCGCUAGUAACAGUGAUGAUGCUAUUAAUUAUAAAACCAUGACAACUGCCAGUACUUCAACCACUACUUAUAAUGCCAAUCAUUGGCAGCCCACCAAUCAUUAUCACGGUAUAAAAACCAGCAGCAGUACCAGCAGUUGGAAUCGUAAUAAUAGUCAACAGUCAAUUGAGAAUAUGGGCAGCAAUGAUGGUCAUAAUAUCGCAGAACAACGACAGCAACAACAAAUACAAGCAGCGAUAACUAUGGAUCCACAUCAUUCUUCAACAAUGCAGGACUUAUUGCCUUCUAUAGAUAAGCAUUAUUCUAAUGCUAAUCAUAAUAACUGUAUUUCGUUGAAUUCAGUCACUUCACCUAUUUUAAACACUACCGGCACAGCUACUACACCAAACAAUAACUCAGUUACUGCUCCGCCUUCUUCUAACAAUAACAGCCUGAUAUCGACCAUAUACAAUUCGCCAACCUACUAUGUGUCUCCUACAGCAGCAGCAGUAACGAACACGAGCACGACAGGUACAGCAGCAUCAGGUAAGAUGAUCAACAACUGUAAAUACUAUUUGACAUGGCUUCUCAUAGAGGCACUUUUCCCAAUAAAGUCUACCAGUAUCAUCAACAGAAUCAUAAUCAGCAUGCAGCACCGGGUGGUUACUCAGCAUAUGGUAUGACCUCUUCCUCCUCUACGGCAGCGAGUUCGCCGACAACGACAGUCAGCACUACGAAUAAUCUACCACGUCAUAAUCUAGUAGCAAGACCAAAGCUAACCACAACCUUAUGGGAAGAUGAAGGAACCAUUUGUUACCAAGUAGAUGCCAAUGGCAUUUGUGUAGCAAGACGUCAAGAUAAUGA